UAAUUCAUAUUUUUACCUCUUUAUUUAUGUUAUUGGUCAUCAUUGGUAUUUCCUCCUAUAAUAAAAGAUUCAGUCGGAACUGGCGGGAGAUCUGGGAUACAAAGCUAAAGUCGUGCAUGUCAAUAAGAUGCUUCCUCGGGGAGGUGGUAAUGAUAUGGAGAAGAGGAAUGUACUGCUUCAGGAGAUGCUGUUUACUGUUGGAGAUGUCCAAAGUUAAGAACUAAUAAUAAAGUGUAAUUAAGGAAACUGAUAACGAUAAGACAUGAUAGUUCGCCCAUUUGAACAGUCGGAGGAGGUUACCAGAAAGCUUCGGUUAAUGCAGUUUAUGUCCCGAAUCAAUGAUGGAGAGAAUCUGAGUUAUCUGUUUGAUUCAGAGGGGGAACUGACUCCCCUGGAGUCUGCCUUCAGACUUUUACACCUAAUAGAUGAAGAGGUGGUGCUGCCUCAAGACUUAGUGGGGAGGGUCUCUAACUCAAUCAAAGAAAUGGCUGUAAUUGUGUGUAUUAAACAAAAGAAGUUUGAGAAGGCUAAAUAUAUACUGAAGAACCAUUUCCCGGGUGACACUGCUAAGAAAACCUUAUUACUGGGCAUUAUCCAGCAGAAGAAAUGUAUCAACCCCGCUUUACAGAAGACAUAUGAGCAGUUCAGGGAGGAAAUGUUUCAGUUCACCGAGUCUCUUAUCAGUUUUUCUGAGCCCUUCUUACUCAAGACUGCAAAACAUCACAUUGACUCAGAAAGCACAGUGAGAAGAAAGGAAACUGAACAAACAGCUAUAGAAGAGCCCCAUUCAUCAUCAGAAGCUAAAAAUGUGAAAUCACCUGUCCACAGGGAACCCUCGACAUCCUGGACCACCUUUGGCCGCUUGGUUCUCAAAGCUGCCUUCUGUGCCAUGUCCACAAUGGAGGAGCCAAGCUUAGAAUUCACUCGCCUGGAGGAGACGGAUCUUGACCCCCGAGGAGCUGUGAGCCCCAGCUACUCACCAAGAAGCUCUAGGAGCCAGGGGUCAUUGUCCGAGCCAGACACCCCCAAACAAGAGAGACGCAUGCAAACAGUGUCCCGCCUGCUACUGGAGCAGGACAGCCAGACGGAGACGGAGAGUGAGGGUGUGGAGGCCAGCUCACACAGGAGCCACUCCCCGUCCCGCUGGCAGCAGCGCCACUGGAACAACACUCCACAGAAAAGGAGUUCAGCUGUGCUGAUCCAGGAAGUGUCUGAAGAUAAUGAUGACUCCAUUUCACAGAAUAAUCUAGUACCAAGGAAAAGGUUAAAUAUAUCCAGCCCAGUGAGAGAGGAAAAGGAGUUCUGGAGUGAUGAAGAAUCUUUAUUCAACCCUAGAAGAGGACAUGACUACAAAAGUAAGGCAUUAGAUGAAGGCAGUGUUAUUGGGCAUAAUACAAAAAAGAAGUGGACCUGCGAAGAGACAAUGUGGGUUAAGAAAGGGGUGUCCAAAUUCGGGGAAGGCAAUUGGAAAGCAAUUCUGCUAAGCUAUCCAUUUGUGGGAAGGACAACCGUAAUGAUCAAAGAUCGAUGGAGAACGAUGAAAAAGCUUAAAAUUACUUAGUUAAGAUGCUCCACAGACGCUGUAUCUCUGUAGAGGGUUAAGUCCUUGUUCUUUACAAUUAGGGCUUGAAUUUUUAGGUUUUAAUUUUUUGUUUUAGUUAAGUUUGUAGUUGCAAUUUAAGUUUAUGGCUUAAUUAUUGCAUGUUUUUAAACUGGCACACAAGUAAUAUAUAUAUAUAUAUAUAUAUAUAUAUAUAUAUAUAUAUUAUAGGAUUUAGGAUUUGUUUAGAAAGUGUGUAUCGUGUGGUUUGUCUUACCAAACAUAUAUAAUGCUCCAGUUCAAACUAUUAAAGAAUAGUCAGUAAAUAUUUUGCAUUGCUGUAAAAUGGUUCCCCUAGUGGUUAGUAUCUUGGGCUGUUAAAUUUCUUGUUCAGUGGGUGUGGUGCUGGUAAUACAACAGAUACAUCCAGAGGUUUUAUUCUUUAGAUGCUGGUGCCAUACUUUUUUUCUUUUAAACAAAGAAAGGAAAACUAAAAUAGGCUCCCUUGUAGACAUCUCUCUGAUACUGUUAGAGGUUUCUUGCCUCUAAGAUGGUCUAAACAAUAGAUACUGGUGAUGGAAACAAAGCUUAAGCUGGUUUGACACUUCAUGAACCAAAUGAGGCAUACAGUGUCACGAAGCAAAGGUUCAUUGGGUUCAGUUGAACCAUUACAUGUGACCUGGAACUCGGACAUUGAUGGUGACGAAGCAUAAUGAUUUUGCCUACACUGUCCAAUUUAUAGCUGAAAAGAACAGUUUUUGUGAAUAUUUUUAUACACACAAUUAAAGUAUGCCUGAAAUGA